AUGGGACUUCUUGCGGUGGGAACGCCGCUCGACUGGCCUGAGGCGAAGAAAGUUGCUGGACAUGUGCGGGAAUGGGGCAUUGAGCAACUACUAGCGAUAUGGAAUCGAGCGAAGGGAAAGGAGAGCGACGCGUUGUUAUGGGGUGAUGAGAUCGAGUACCUCGUUGUUGCAUUCGACGACGAGAAGAGAGAAGUCAAGCUUUCGUUAAGACAGGCGGAUAUCCUGGCCGCGCUGGCGAGUGAUGCCGAGUUGAUCAAGCAGGGCGGUGGAGUUCCGGACUUGAAGGUUGGAGAUGAGAAGCCUGGGAGAAAUGCUCCGACUUUUCAUCCUGAGUUCGGUCGAUUCAUGCUCGAAGCCACGCCUGGGAAACCUUGGGGCAUUGGGUUCAAGGAUUUGCUUGAUGUCGAGCAGGAUAUGAAGUGGAGACGCAAGCUCGCCAAAGAUCACAUCUACGACAACGAGUUCCCAAUUACACUUACGACAUUCCCGCUGCUCGGAGACCGGAAGUCCAUCACACCUUUCUUCCCACCCGGUGGAUCGAAGCUACGAUCGCAAUUCGUUCCUGAUGAGAUUGCAAACCCUCACAUUCGAUUCCCAACACUGGCGGCGAACAUUCGGUGGCGACGAGGGAGGAAGGUGGAACUGAAUGUGCCGGUCUUUCACGAUGUCAACACUGCAAAGCCGUGGAAGGAUCCGACUGUGAAUUACGACCUCCACGACUGGCCAGAAGACGACGACGUGAGGAAUGGCGCAGCCAAGGACGACCACAUCUACAUGGACGCGAUGGCCUUUGGCAUGGGUUCAUGUUGCCUGCAAAUCACCUUUCAAGCGAAGAACAUCGAUGAGGGUCGGACUAUGUACGACCAACUUUCACCUCUAGGCCCCAUACUUCUCGCUCUGACGGCUGCUACACCAAUCUACAAGGGCUUCCUGGCGGAAACGGAUGUCCGAUGGAACCAGAUCAGCCGCGCGGUCGAUGAUCGCACACCCGAGGAGAUGGGCGAGAAGCCUCUCAAGAACGAUCGUUGGAAGAUUCCCAAAUCAAGAUACGCCAGCAACAGCACAUACAUCUCACAAGAUUCUCGCCUUCGUCCGGAGUACCUCGACCCGGAUCUAGUGGUGGACGAAGAUCUCAAAGCUCGUCUUGUCGCAGGAGGAAUGGACGACAUCCUCGCGACGCACUUCGCCCACCUCUUCAUCCGAGAUCCCAUUGUCGUCUUCGCCGAAGACCUCGAAUCCCUCGACCUCACCAAGACCGACCACUUCGAAAACCUCCAAUCAACCAACUGGCAACACAUGCGCUUCAAACCGCCUCCACCAGGCGAUGACAUCGGCUGGCGCGUCGAAGUCCGACCGAUGGAGAUUCAAAUCACCGACUUUGAAAACGCCGCCUUCUCCGUCUUCGUCGUGCUCAUCACGCGAGCCAUCCUCUCUCUCAACCUCAACUUCUACAUCCCCAUCCCCCUCACGACAGAAAACAUGGAAACAGCCCAUCGUCGCGACGCCGUCAACAAGGAUAAGUUCUGGUUCCGCAAGAACCCAUUCCCUCAGCGUGGAUCGCGGACGAACGGCAGUGCUAGUAUGCCGGCUUCUAAUAACGCCACUCCUCUCCCUUCUCGCCCUCCAUCGCCUGGUCCGGUGGAAGACGAAUACGCCCAAUUCUCCGUCGACGAAGUCAUCAACGGAACCCAAGACGACGCGGCGCACUCCUUUCCCGGGUUGAUCCCACUCGUGGAACUGUACCUCGACUCCCUGAACGUGGAUGUCGAAACGCGAUGUGCGUUGGCGCGGUAUCUCGCGUUGAUCCGUGGUCGCGCGGACGGCAGUUUGUGGACGGCGGCGAGGUGGAUUCGGGAGUUUGUUGCGAAGCAUGAGGAGUACAAAGGGGACAGUGUGGUUGGAGAUGGGAUCGUUUAUGAUUUGAUCAAGACUGUGGAGGGCGUGGCGAGGAAUGAGGGCGAGGAUGGUGUUGGAGAGGAGAUGUUGGGGAAGUGGAAUCGGUCGUAG